CAGUCCAUCUCUACAAAGAGAUCACCCUCUCUACCAUCCAUACCCGUGAUCUAUACGGCCAAUCAUGAAGGUAGAAACAUUGACCAACUGGGACAGCAAAGACCCGUCCAACAAACUCCACAUCCUCGCCACCCCCUCCGGUCUUGGCUCGAUCUCCAUCUCCAACUACGGUGCCACCAUCACCGCCUUCAACAUCGCUGGUCAAAAUAUCGUUGCCUCAUACUCUUCUCCAGAGCACUAUCGCUCUGACAAGAAUCCCUACUUUGGCGCAACGAUUGGUCGUGUUGCGAACCGAGUUGCGAACGCGAGGUUUGAGCUUGGUGGGAAGACCUAUGAGCUCGAUGCAAAUGAGAAGCCCCAUUCAUUGCAUGGUGGUCCGGGUGGGUUCCAUCAAAAGAUCUGGGAUGGACCCGCGAUUGAGACGAGGCAUGGCAGAGAGGUUGCCGUCUUUAGCUGUAAGAGUGCGCACAUGGAGGAAGGGUACCCUGGUGAUCUCGAGGUAAAGGUUAUCUACAGCUUGGAGGAAGCCCAGAAGGCUGGUCAGACAGUGGUCGAGCUCGGUGUCGAAUACGAAGCUGAGCUCGUCGGUGGAAGUAAUGAGACCAUCGUCAACUUGACAAACCACUCAUACUGGAAUAUCUCGGGCGGGCCCACGAUCGAGGGGACGGAAGUUGUUCUCAACACUGCUAGGUCGAGACCUUAUGCCUGUCACCUCGCAACUGAUGAAUCCCUCAUCCCUACCGGCAAGAUCGAAUCCCACCCAAAGAUCCCCCUCACCUCCUCCGGUACGCCCGAAAAGUUCACACUGGGUCCAGAUGAACCCGCAGUCGACCACUGUUUCGUCCUCAUCACCACCCCACCCACAACUAUCUCCACCCUCUCCACCCCCCUCCAAACAUUCGCGACCCUCACGCACCCCGCCACGCACCUUACUUUGUCCGUGGCCACCACGGAGCCGAGUUGCCAAUUCUAUACGGGCGACGGUGUGGAUUUCGAGGAGGCGGGUUGGCGGAAGAGGGCGGGUGUGUGUUUGGAGGCUGCUAGGUGGGUGAACGCGGGCAAUGUGGAGGGGUGGAGGGGAAUGGUCGCGUUGAAGAAGGGCGAAAGGUAUGAGAGUAAGACGGUUUAUUCCGUCCACAAAGAGCAGGCCUAG